AUGGCGAUUGUAAUAUCCCUCGCUUUUAAAAAUUAUUAAUAAAGAUUUAUAUGUAAAUUGGAGGACCUAUAUGUAAAUAUAGAAAUUACAAGGACUAAACUGCUAAGUUGCAAAAAAAAAAGAAAAAAAAAAGGGAAAACCGAAAAUUCGGUAUUAUCCCACCGCCUCCCACGCACUCUGUUUCUUCCAGAAACAGAGAGAGCGGUGGGGCGUGAGGAGAAGAAGGAGAGUGGUAGAAGAAGAGAGGAAGAAGAGGGAGAAGAGAAGAAGAAGAAGAAGAAGAAGAAGAAGAAGAGGAGGUGGCUGCAGCGAGGGCUGCAGCGAGGAGCUGUGGGGCGUGGGGAGAAGAAGAGAGGAAGAAGAGGGAGAAGAGAAGAAGAAGAAGAAGAAGAAGAAGAAGAAGAGAGGAGGAUAGCUGCGGCAAGGCUGCAGCGAGGAGGUGUGUGGCUUUGGGGAGGAAAAGGGAAGAGGAGAAGAAGAGAAGGAGAAGAAGAGGGAAAAGAGAGGCAGCUGCAGCAGCCAGGGCUGCAGCACCUCUGUUUUCCGCAGGUGGAAACAGAGGAGAGGAUGUGUGGGGCGUUGAGGAUGAAAAGGGAAGAAGAAGAAGAAGAAGAAGAAGAAGAAGAAGAAGAAGAAGAAGAUAGCUGCGGCAAGGCUGCAGCGAGGAGAUGUGUGGCCUUGGGGAGGAAAAGGGAAGAGGGGAAGAGGAGAAGAAGAAGAAGAGGAAGAGAAAGAGGUGUGAUACCUCUGUUUCCUGCAGAGGAAACAGAGGAGAGGGUGUGUGUGACGCCGGGGAAGAAGGGGCUGCAGCUGCGGCGAUGGCAGCUGCAGCUGGAAGAGAAGAAGAAGAGGAAGAUGAGCAGGGGAGGAGGGAGAGGUUGCGGCCGUGGCUGCGGCCGCGACUGCAGCAGUUGCAGCGGGGAGAGAAGAAGAAGAAAGGAAGGAGAAGGAAGAGGAGAAGGGAAAGAAGUAGCUGCGGCUGCGGUUGUGGCAGCUGCAGCUAUGGCAGGGAAAGAGGAAGAGAAAAAGGAAAGGAAGAAGAGAGAAAGGGAAGGAGAGGAAGAAGAGAGGAAGAGGAGAAGGGGCUGCGGCUGCGGCGAUGGCAGCUGCAGCUGUGGCAGGGAAAGAGAAAAAGGAAAGGAAGAAGAAGAGAAAGGGAAGGAGAGGAAGAAGAGAGGAAGAGGAGAAGGGGCUGCGGCUGCGGUGAUGGCAGCUGCAGCUGUGGCUGGGAAAGAAGAGAAGGAAAGGAAGAAGAAGAGAAAGGGAAGGAGAGGAAGAAGAGAGGAAGAGGAGAAGGGGUGGCAGCUGCGGCGAUGGCAGCUGCAGUUGGAAGAGAAGAAGGAGAGGAAGAUGAGCAGGGGAGGAAGAAGAGGCUGCGAGUGUGGUGGCUGCGGCCGUGGCUGCGACUCCGGCUGCGGCUGCAACGUUGGCUGCGGUAGCUGCGGCAGCGGUGGUGGCUGCAGUAGCUGCAGUAGCUGCUUUUGGGAAAGAGAAAGAGUAGGAACAAGAGAAGGGAAGAAGGAAAUAGUGCAGUGGAAGGGGGCUGUGGUUGUGACCGCAGUUGCGGUCGUGGCUGCGAUUGUGGCAGCGGCGGCGGCUGUGGCAGCUGCGUUUGGGAAAGAAAAAAAGAAGGAAUGAGAGUAAGAGAGAGCAGGUGACUGUGCCUCGAUGUUCGACACGUGAUGUAGUUGCGAAGAAAGGAAGAAAACGGGAGCACAAAACGAAACAGAGAGAGGACACGGAGGAAAAGUAGAAGGAUUUGGGCUGGCACCUUCCUUGGAUCUUCGGAUCGAAAUCUUUGAAAGGUCAGCUUGUCACUCUUCGAGAUGUUUGAUUUGGGCUGAGGCAGUGGAUAGCUAUUCAGAAUAAUGGGCAAGUCUGGUUGGUUAUUACGAUAUUGUUGUAUAAGUAUGUCUUGUAUGUAAUGAAAUGUUGUCGAUGAACCGAAAUGGAUAUACUGUGUCAAAGUGUUAGGAGAUCUCUCUUAUUUGGAAUUUCAGAAUGUUAAGUCUAAUUUAUGGUGAUAUGAACUUGUGGUGAAUAGUUGGAGUUCUGAUUGUAUAAUUUAUUUAGCUUGUGGAUUUAUAAAUGUUGUUCAUGUUUGUCAA